GGCUCAAAACCAAAGUGCCAUCUGCCUGACAGACACACUUUGUUCUGACGAGAACACUGCGACGCAUCGCUUUUUACGCACCACACCACCGCGGAGGUACAGCUGAUUCCCAGCAGCUCUUUGACACAUUAUGAUAUUUGGAGUAUUUUCACGUGCAGCACACGUUAAGGUGCUAUUCUGAGCUUUUUCAGAUCGAUAAACACUUUUCCCGGACCUGCAGAGUAGAUUUAUCUCCUUCCAUUGCGCGUAAAAGCUAUUCGGUGCGCCAGGAGGCAAAUAACCGCUUAAAGAAGUCAACUUUUUCUCUGAUUUUGAGACAAAUCAUCAAGAUGGAAAACUUUACAACAGCUCGGGAGCUGAACCACACUUUGGGGGUUUGGACGGACAACAGCCUCCAGUACAAAGUGAUAAGCUGUGUGCUGCUUUUCGUGAUUUGCGUUUUAGGAUUCGUUGGCAACGUUAUGGUCAUCCUGGUGGUGCUCACUACCAAACACAUGAGGACUCCCACUAACUGCUACCUGGUGAGUUUGGCGGUGGCUGACCUGAUGGUGCUGAGCGCGGCUGGUUUACCCACAAUCACAGAGAGCAUCUUCGGAUCCUGGGUGUUCGGACACUACGGGUGCCUCUGCAUCACCUACUUCCAGUACCUCGGGAUCAACGCCUCCUCCUGCUCCAUAACCGCGUUCACCAUAGAGAGGUACAUCGCCAUCUGCCAUCCCAUUAAAGCGCAGUUUCUGUGCACCCUCUCGAGAGCCAAAAAGAUUAUCCUGUGCGUCUGGGCUUUCACUUCCCUGUACUGCGUGAUGUGGUUCUACCUGUCAGACAUCCAGGAGCUGGUGUACAACAACAUCACCAUCAUCACGUGCGGAUACAGAGUGUCCAGGAAGUUUUACCUGCCCAUCUACUUCUUUGAUUACGGAGUUUUCUUCGUGGUGCCGCUGAUGCUUUCCGCGGUGUUGUACGGACUCAUCGCCAGGAUCCUCUUCAUCAACCCACUGCCCUCCGACCCCAAAGACAAGAAGAAGAACGGACAAAACAACCACAGCAACACCAAGAGGACCAGCUGCAAGAACUCCCGUCACUCCAGCUCCACCGCCACCUCCCGCAGACAGGUGACCAAGAUGCUGGCUGUGGUGGUGUUCCUGUUUGCCACGCUCUGGAUGCCGUACCGCACCCUGGUGCUGGUCAACUCCUUCCUGGACCGAGCCUACCUGGACAGCUGGUUCCUUCUGUUCUGCCGGAUCUGCAUCUACCUCAACAGCGCCAUCAACCCAGUCAUCUACAACGCCAUGUCUCAGAAGUUUCGCGCCGCUUUCCGCAAGAUCUGCGGCUGCGGGAGGAAAGGCUCAGAUAAACCGGCCGCCUACAGCGUGGCCCUGACUUACAGCGCGGCCAAAGAGACGUCCAUGGUGGAGAGCAUCGACCCCUUCACCACGGAGCUUGAGGAGCUCACGGCCACCGACGAUCUGCUGUCUGAUCAGAAGAUGAUGUUCCCCGACCCCUGCGUGUACGAGAAGGAGAAUUUCAGCGACGCCUGAGCUUUGUUUGCGGAGGGUCAAUCAAGAAUUUGAAAAAGUUGACUAAUGUAGUCCGUUGAGUAGAAUAUGGUUUCCUGAGUGCCUGCUGACCUUUUCAGAGCCAGAGAUGUAAACACAGAUUACAGCCGCUGAUGCGUGAUGACAGUGUUUGAGGCACAAAGCCCAGAAUGAUGCCGGACAUUGUGAAGCAACAAACACGGACAGAUAAGCACCCUCUUAUUGCACAGCUGUUAUCUUAUCCUGGACCUACCCAAGUAAUAAACUGAGAAUGAGUCCACAAAACAUGAAUGUGAACACAAAAUUCUCACUUGAGAUGUACGGUGUAAAUAACUCCAAUACCCAGAAAUCCUGCAAACUGACACGUUUACCAUCAUAGCCGCUCAGUGAUGCUCAUACCAAAGAGAUGACAGAAGCAAAGAGAAAAAAAUGCAGAAUUGAAGGAGUUGAAUUGCCUCUUCAUGUCACGAUUUACCAUUAUCCAAGAGUGAAUUGACUGCACUGUUCAUGCUGAAUUUCAGGAAGGGUGUUUUUCCUCAGAUUCAGUGUGAAGAGAAUAUAUUUUCACACCAAUAAAACACCUCACCCGGUGCAGCUUUAAUACCUGUAUGCUCCUUGAUGUUUUCAGGGCAGGCAGCCCAUUAAAGGGUGAGUCACACCUGAAGCUUCAUGGACAGAACUAGCUCUAUUAUUAUUGUGAAGGACUGCGUGCGUGACCUCGAACAGGAUGAGAAAACCGAGACAGACUGUACUGAGUUUGUUCAGGAGGACCGGGUACAGUCUUUAUAUAAAGCUCUCCUGAGGCUUUGUUAAGAUGUUCUUUUGCAAAGCGAUCACUGAUAGAGAGGGGAACCAAGUUCAUAAAGUGCUCUGUAAAUUAAAUGCAAAAAGUGCCAUAAUAAAGUUUAUUAUGUGUUGUUUCCACAGUAACAUCCAGUUUCUAAGGCAUAUUUUAUAAUAUGUUAUUACGUCAUUCGCAGGUACAAAAAAAUCCAACAUUUUAUAAUAAGACAAAUGCAAGAACAACCUUUAGUUGCUGUUUAUCAUUCAGUGUGAAUAGAUUUGCCUUACGUUACUGUAUAUCAGCCUGGAAAUACAAUUGUGUCUGUUUACUUGAAUAUGUGCCAAUGCCAUAAUGAAUGAUAUAUUAUAUAUAGUGUCUGUGAGGAGUUACAAGUCGCUUUAAACUGGUUAGAGCAAAUAUACCACUCCAUCCAAAAAGAAAAUUAAAUAUACAAGUAGAACCUUUAUUGAAUAACAAAAGGGUGCAAAAUAGACACCAAAAUCUAUUAAUUCAUCGAUAUUUACAACUAUUCAAUGUGUUGAAGUUUGCACCUGAAACCACACCCACCUGUGAUGUCACCGUGUACUGGCAGUACAUUGUGACAUCACAGCAGCGAGGUGUUUGAAACCACAAAAAUAAGACACUCAAUUCCAGUAAAUAACAGAAAUACUACAAACAGAUAGCUUUGCCUCUUAGCAUGUUCAACUGGUAUUGUUUUUGGUGCCAGUCAUUUUCCUAAGAACUGCCAACAGGGUGGGACGUGUGCCAAAACAAACAGCUCAACAGGGACUUUGAUAACAUAAUAUCUGUCCAUUGAUUUGUAUUUAAACAAACAGAUUGCUGUUAGUAACCUGGCUAAAGUAAAACAACCUACAGUAUUAGUACCUACACAGGUUUUGUUACUUACAGAGCUAGCUUAGUAGAAAGAACAUUUAUUUCCUUCUUUGCCUUAAGCAGGGCUAUUUAGCCAGGUUGCGUUCCCAUAGUCAACAUUACCCUGGAUGUUGCUAUAGGAACACUUAGGACUAUUAUUGUGAAAGGGAGUUCCUGACCUGGAGGCAGAGAGAAUUGCAACGGAAACCAAUCUAAAAUCUGAUGGUGUCAUUAUUCUACAACCAUAACAUUGUGCAACAUUGACUUCAUAAUGAUAAGUUAAAACAAAAUUGUAUCUAUUGCUUCUUUAAUGGAUGUAUUUAUUAAUAAUUUAAAAAGAACAGUUAUUUAUCUCAGCUUUCUAAUAGUUCACAGUUGUAAAUGUAAAUAAACGACAGCCUUAUACACAUUUAUAAAAUAUGCCUUAUUAAAUGAUGGUACUGUAAAGCCUUCACAUUUGAAAUCAUUUGUCUAGAAUUCUCUCUCGGAAAAAAUAAGUGUUUAAUGUUUAUUUGAGCAGUGGUGCAGCCUAAUUGCUUCACACAGUAAAAUAAUGUAUAUACAGUAGCGUUACAGAUUAACAUAAUAUAUUUCUGCUGCAGCACCAGCUCCAUCAAAGUGUUCACAUUGAAGUGAAGUGAAUGUGUGGGUCCGUACUUUGUAUCAUGUGAACUGUGGAUUUAACAAACCGUGGCUCUGCUGUUUGGCUCUGUAGUUGUGACAGCUCUCAGUGAACAUGGCUGAUGGACGUGUGAUGCUUCAGACAUGAGGCUGUGUGUGGGGAAUGUAAUUGGGCUGCAGAGGAAGACGAAGCUCUCGUGUACCAACACUGUAAAUGUCUUUGAAUAUUAGAGUCAUGCAUUAGUGUGUGUUGCCUGUGUAUUUGAAUUGUUAUUUAUGGUGACUCUUCUGUUUGUCAGGCAGAAGCUAUCUGUAUAUUAUUCUCUAGCUUUUGUUAUUGCCCAUUAAAAUGAUAUGUAAUAUUCUGUGAUUUUGCUGAA